CUGUUUUAAAGCUACAAAUAGAAACUCUUUCCAAAUGCUAUUCACCAUAUUGUCUUUUUUGCCUAUGUAUAUUUUAGUCGUGAACUGCCAAAAAUAGAUAGGGGAGGGGUUGGAGUGGGAAAAAGGAUGGGGGCGUGGAACACAAGCUGGGAAUUUCCGAGCAACUGACAUAUGAACUUGUUCUGAUCACCAGUGAGUUAGAAUCUCUUCUCCAAGAGUUUGCAGCUAUCAGAAUUUAGCUGGGACAAUAGUAUUAUGGGAGCUGUAAGAUUUUGCUCCCGUUUUUCUGCCAUUUGGUUCUUGCUGCUGGCAGUCACUAUAAGCCACUGCUUGGGAUUGAAAUGCAAAGAACAUCAAUACCCUUUUCGUGACAAAUGCUGCAACGAGUGUGCCCCUGGUGAAGAAAUGAGCCAGCGCUGCAGUUCAACAACAGACACAGUCUGUGUCCCCUGUAAAGAUGAAUACUUCAGUAGUGAACACAAUCUGGAGUUCUGCCGCGUUUGUACAGUCUGCAACACUAGAAAGGGGAGUGUGGAGGUGAAGAAGUGUGAGAAGACCUCUGACAGAAUUUGCAGGUGUGUGGCAGGUUAUAUGCCAGAUGCCAGAAGCAAACUGAGACAUGAAUGCUUACCGUGUCCUGAAGGGUCUUAUUCCAUAGGGGGUUAUGAGAAGUGUCAACCUUGGACCAACUGCAGCCUUCUUGGGAAAAGGACUCUUCGACCAGGGACGAAAACAGAUGAUGCUGUUUGCAGCAGCCAGGUCACACAGGCAGCCGCCUCUCAGAGUACAACACCUGCUUUGAACCUUUCCACCACACACCACAAGAAUAAUACAUCAACAGCAGUGUUCUCACCAUCCAGACCCAGCCUGAUUCCUUCCAUUUGUUCGGAUACAAACAGCCCCAUGGAGACUAACUGGGGGUCUGUAUCACUUAUCUUUAUUUGUCUGAUAUUGCUGAUGGUGAGUGGAAUGUCCAUCCUCCUGUUGAUUAUCCAAGCAGCCAAAAAGGGGACCAAGAGGAGACCUCAUAGAAACAACCAUAAAGAAGAAAACAGCUUCCGACUUCCUAUCCAGGAAGAGCAAAUUGACUUCAAUUCUAGUCUCAUCAAAAACUGACUCCACGUUCUGUUACUGUUUCCUGUGCUUCUGAGCCGAUGGACUGUAGUAGCACAUGAUGUGUCAGUGUUCUGUGGCUGGAUGUGGAGGGGAUGUCCUGUUUAGCUGUACUUUAGUUCCUCUGGGGCUCGUUGAGUGCCCAUUUGGUGUUAGGAGCUGUGGGAGUAGCUGUUCUUGGUGGAAUGAUGAUUCUUUCUCUUGGACAGAUCCUGUGCACAGCAUCCCUAUUGCCAGGACUGAGUGGCUAUAGUUCUCUCUGCAUUUUGAGCCAGUUCUGUAUGUAAGGACAGGGAGUUGUCUUUGAAUUGAAUAAAGUAUUGAGGAAGCUGUAAGAGCUGAUCCUUGAGCAGACAGAAAACAGGGAAAGCCAAAGACCUGCCUUAUAACUGAACUUAUAUCUUGUCUUAUAGCUCUGAGAUGCUUAAGCAGAGCCCGUCUCUCUUUUCUCAGUACAGGUAUCUGCAGUGUUUCAGUUUGGUUCCCAAAUGAACUUUUCUUACAUUAGGUGAAGAAUCUCCCCUGAUGAACCUCGCCAGCUUCCUUUUAGCUUCCAUUUCUUCAGGUUAUUUCUUUUGGUCAGGUGGAGUAACACCACAAUCCUGGUGCUAGCUGUUGAGUGACUAUUGAGAGAUGCCUGCUCAAUGCCACUUCUUUCUUCCCUGCAUUUCUUCAAACACCCACUGAGAAAAUGUCAUGUUAACAUAUUGAGCAGCAUCCCCACUGCCCUCCCAACAAAUGGAAUUUCUCAUGAUCACCAAGUAGCUCCAGAUCUCCAAGUGUUUGGAAAUCUCCAUGGAAAUCUUCAUGUGUGUAUAAAGUAGAAUAUGUGGAUCACCAGAAGGCAAAGGGAAUGGUAAUUUUUGAUGAGAACAUUAGUAGUGUAAAGUUGCUCAAAAUAGGAGGAAAGGCGGAGUACUCACCGAAUACAGGUAUUUUAUAUACACACAGGACCAAAGCAUAUGCCAAAAUAUGCAGCAGAAAAUGUAUUCAAGAAUACAACUGGUGUCUACAAACAUGUUGUUAAACUUAUGUAUUCUUAUAUGUUAUACAUAUGGUAUACUUAGCAAUAUUUCCUAUUUUGAAAUGCAUAUACAGUGUAUAUAAACAUUUGUAUUAUAUACAAAGUGUGAUAGCGACUUCUUGAAAUAAAUGGUAUUACCAGCUAGAA